CCUUCGCGUGAGAUGUCGUUUCGAAACCGACGCAGCGUUCCUGACUCCAGGAAAACUUCCUUCGAAAACCUCGAUGUUUGAUUUCGCACGCCAAGGAUACAGCUACAGCCAGACCCCAGACGAAGCGAAAGUUGGAAGCAGCUACAUCACUAGCGGGUAUCCAGAUGAAGCAAGGAGUGUUCAUGCUGUCCGUGUAUGCUCCUCGCAUUUCACCGAUAAUGUGUACCUGGAUGAGAACAUCGUGCAAGUGCAACUUGGAUUGACACAAAAAAGGAACGAAUUGAAACUUGACGCCGUUCCGACAGUGUUCCACGAACAAAGCGAGCCAGCAACUUCGACACUGCAGGCAGCUCGACAGGGUCAAGCGCAAGUGAAGGACCAGGUGCUGCUGAUCCAAGUCCCAUCCAUCCAUGAAACGGCAUCAAACAAUGAUCUUCCAGAACAGUGCUUUCUUCAUCCAAGUUCAAGAAGUAAAGAGAAUGACUUCAUGGCUUCUACUGACAUCUCACAGCUACAUGCCAAGACAAAAUAACUUGAAAACAGGAAAUGAAAAGAAAAAAAAGGUCCGUUUCAGGUCCACCCAAAUCUUUGUGCAGAGGCUGACAACAACAACGUUAUUGUGAGAUGAUGAAUGAUGCUGAUGCGGCGUUGAGAUUAAGCCCUUGUUUCCUUUUUUGUUCUACGAGGCACUGUCACAUAAGCAUUGGCCAAAUUUGCUAUCCUGUGAGCUUUGAUAGGAUAUGCCGUAGAUAGUAAGAGGCCUCUUACUGUAAAAGGGAGGUGCAUUAUUCGAGUAGUGGG